AUGCUUGCAGCGGUCGGGCAACCAGUGCCCAACACCGCUCAUGCAGUCAGUGUCUCUCUACCGUCAUGGGCAGCCACGGUGGGUUACGAAGAAGGGCAGGAUUGGGUCAUGUCCAAAAUGGAGACCGGCUACCCCAGGUUCUUCAUUCAUCUGACCAUCCAAGAACUCCAAAGGGAGAUCUUGAAGCUUUAUGGCAGAUCUGGGGAAAGUGUCAUGCUCUUCCCGUCCAUCGCCACUGCGAAAAGGUGUCAGAGGUUCUUCUAUGACAAGGUCGAGGGGUUAGACACGAGUUCCAUUCGAACUUUGCAAUUGGAACCGGUAGUCGACAAACAAAGAAGACACGAGACGGCCUUCUCUGGACUGGCAUGUGUUUUCUUUCCUAAGGACUACUUUGGCGUCGCGAAGCAAGUGUGGCAGCACACCGGAGAUGGAAUAUCCAGCCGCCGCGGAGAGUUCUGCUUGAAAGCAUUGAAAGACGGUAUACUCCAACCCGAGACAGCACAAACAAAACCGAAAACAGACGACAUGCUAUUCACAAAAGGAUUCACAAAAGGCCCUCGACGAUAUCAACGACCAGCAUCUCGGAAUGGAGCGGUUCACGACAGCACCGUCCCCAUUGAACCAGUCGUUAGCGAAGCAACCAAUGACGGCGAAGACAAAGACUUCCCGCAAUUCGUAGAGGAGCGGUUCGGCCGCAAUCUCAACGUCAAACUUGCCCAGCAGGCGAAACUAGCGAUUCGCCGCAGGAUCAGUGGAUGUCUGACAGACGACGUAGAUUUGGAUCAGGCAUUGGCCGAAUCUCCGAACGACUGUAAUAGCAGACAAACCGGGCUGUCGCAAGACGACGUCUAUCUCUACCCCUGUGGAAUGUCGUCCAUCUUCAACACGCACCGGAUCCUCCUAGCCAACGCCGAGGCCAAGGGACAAACGCUCAGAAAGAGUAUUUGCUUCGGCUUCCCUUACAUCGACACCCUCAAGAUUCUUGAGAAGUGGGGCCCAGGGUGUCUCUUUUAUGGACUUGGGAGUUCAGCCUGCCUAGACGACCUCGAGCGGCGUCUGAGAUCUGGCGAGCGGUAUCUAGCUCUGUUCACAGAGUUCCCGAGCAACCCUCUCCUCAAUUCACCCGACCUUCAACGCAUCCGCGCGUUAGCGGACAAGUACGACUUCGCAGUUGUCGUCGACGAAACCGUCGGCAACUUCACCAAUAUCGACGUCCUCAGCCGAGCAGACGUGGUGGUUAGCAGCCUGACCAAACUGUUCAGCGGUGACAGCAACGUCAUGGGCGGCAGUGCCGUCCUGAAUCCCCAGAGCAAAUGGUACACCGACCUCAAACACACGAUGUCCCGUGAGUACGAGGACAAUUACUGGGCUGAAGAUGCCGUGUUCAUGGAACGCAACUCGCGCGACUUCAUCUCCCGAAGUGAGCGCAUGAACACGAAUGCCGAAGCGAUUACGACGAUCUUGCAGAACUGCCCGUUCGUCAAGCAGGUCUACUAUCCGAAAUGCAGCCCCAGCCGGCCCAACUACGAGGCCUGUCGCACCCCGAGUGGUGGGUACGGCGGCUUGCUCUCUGUGACAUUCCACCACCCCAAGCAGGCGGUCGCGUUCUUCGACGCUCUCGAAGUCCAGAAGGGUCCAAGCUUGGGCACGAAUUUCACCCUCGCCUGUCCUUAUACGAUCCUUGCGCACUACACGGAAUUGGACUGGACGGCACAAUGGGGAGUGGAGGCGGAUCUGGUUCGAUUGAGCGUCGGAUUGGAAGAGCCCCAAGAGCUGACGGGUAAGGUAAAACGGGCAUUGAAAGCAGCCGAGGACGUGAAGGUAUAG